GGCGCAACAGAGUGCGGUGCGGAGUUCGGUUGAGGAGUUCAGAGAAGAGAAGCAGGUCUGCGGACGGACGGACGGUGGCAUCAGUGCAAAGGGGCGAAGCCAGGGAAUAUUUGGCCGAUUUUCAAAAGAACUGGAUUAUAAAAACCGGACGCGCUGGAUAGCAACUCAUUCAUCUCUUCGUGCACGUAGGUCUCAUCGCUGACAGCCCGUGGUGGCCUAUUUUUAGUUCCUCAUGCCGGAGAUGGCGCAGCGGAGCGGGCAAGAGGACCCUGAGCGGUACCUCUUUGUGGAUCGGGCCAUGGUCUACAACCCUGCUUCUCAGGCAGACUGGACGGCCAAGAAGCUGGUGUGGGUUCCUUCCGAACGGCAUGGGUUUGAGGCGGCCAGCAUCCGCGAGGAACGUGGAGAGGAGGUGCUUGUUGAGCUGGCUGAAAAUGGCAAGAAGGCUCUGGUGAACAAAGAUGACAUCCAGAAGAUGAACCCGCCCAAGUUCAGCAAAGUGGAGGAUAUGGCAGAACUCACCUGCCUGAAUGAAGCGUCUGUUUUACACAACCUGAAAGAUCGCUACUACUCUGGGCUCAUAUACACAUACUCAGGACUCUUCUGUGUGGUCAUAAACCCAUACAAAAACCUCCCCAUAUACUCAGAGAACAUCAUUGAGAUGUACAGGGGCAAGAAGAGGCAUGAAAUGCCACCUCAUAUCUACGCCAUUUCUGAAUCUGCCUACAGAUGCAUGCUUCAAGAUCGUGAGGACCAAUCAAUUCUUUGCACAGGGGAAUCAGGUGCUGGAAAGACAGAAAACACCAAAAAAGUAAUCCAGUACCUGGCUCACGUUGCAUCCUCUCACAAAGGAAAGAAAGACCACAACAUUCCACCAGAAUCUCCUAAAGCAGUCAAACUCCAGAACGGAAUCCUGUUUUAUGGAGAGUUAGAGCGUCAACUCCUGCAGGCAAACCCUAUUUUGGAAUCCUUUGGGAAUGCCAAGACAGUGAAAAAUGACAACUCUUCACGCUUUGGCAAGUUCAUCCGCAUCAACUUUGAUGUAACCGGUUACAUUGUGGGGGCCAACAUCGAAACCUAUCUUCUUGAAAAGUCCAGGGCCAUUCGCCAAGCCAAAGAUGAACGCACCUUCCAUGUCUUCUACCAGCUGUUGGCUGGUGCUGGAGAACAUCUAAGAUCUGAUCUACUCCUGGAGGGCUUCAAUAACUACCGCUUCCUCUCCAACGGUAACAUUCCCAUUCCUGGCCGACAGGACAAGGACAAUUUCCAAGAGACCAUGGAAGCCAUGCAUAUUAUGAGCUUCUCCCAUGAUGAAAUCUUAUCAAUGCUCAAGGUGGUAUCAGCAGUCCUGCAGUUUGGCAACAUCGUGUUCAAGAAGGAGAGAAACACCGACCAGGCCUCUAUGCCAGAAAACACAGCUGCUCAAAAGCUUUGCCACCUGCUUGGAAUAAAUGUCAUGGAGUUCACACGUGCCAUCCUGUCUCCAAGAAUCAAAGUGGGCAGAGACUAUGUACAAAAAGCCCAAACUAAAGAACAGGCCGACUUUGCAGUGGAAGCACUGGCCAAGGCCACAUACGAAAGGUUGUUCCGCUGGCUUGUUCACCGCAUUAAUAAAGCUCUGGACAGGACCAAGCGCCAGGGAGCUUCCUUCAUUGGCAUCCUGGACAUUGCUGGCUUUGAGAUAUUCCAGCUGAACUCAUUUGAGCAGCUCUGCAUCAAUUACACCAACGAGAAGCUUCAGCAGCUGUUCAACCACACCAUGUUCAUCCUGGAGCAGGAGGAGUACCAGCGUGAAGGCAUCGAAUGGAGCUUCAUCGACUUCGGCCUCGACCUGCAGCCCUGCAUUGACCUCAUUGAGAGACCGGCAAAUCCUCCCGGUGUGUUGGCUCUGUUGGAUGAGGAAUGCUGGUUUCCAAAAGCCACUGAUAAAACCUUUGUGGACAAACUGGUGCAAGAGCAAGGCACUCAUGCCAAGUUCCAGAAACCACGGCAGCUGAAGGACAAAGCCGAUUUCUGCAUCAUUCACUAUGCUGGCAAGGUUGACUAUAAGGCAGAUGAGUGGUUGAUGAAAAACAUGGACCCUCUAAAUGACAACGUGGCCACACUCCUGCACCAGUCCACGGAUAAGUUUGUGGCUGAACUGUGGAAGGAUGAGAUUCAGAAUAUCCAAAGAGCGUCUUUUUAUGAUGUCUCUAGUCUCCAUGAAUCGCCAGGUGAAGUGGACCGUAUUGUUGGUUUGGACCAGGUGGCAGGGAUGAAUGAGACUGCAUUUGGGGCUACAUAUAAGACCAAGAAGGGCAUGUUCCGCACUGUGGGUCAGCUCUAUAAAGAGUCUCUCACGAAACUUAUGGCCACACUCAGAAACACCAACCCCAACUUCGUGCGCUGUAUCAUCCCCAAUCAUGAGAAAAGAGCUGGUAAACUGGAGCCCCAUCUGGUUCUGGAUCAGCUGAGGUGUAAUGGAGUUCUAGAAGGGAUCCGGAUCUGCAGGCAGGGAUUCCCUAACCGUAUUGUCUUCCAGGAGUUCAGACAGAGAUACGAGAUCCUCACGCCUAAUGCAAUCCCCAAAGGUUUUAUGGACGGCAAGCAGGCUUGUGAGAGAAUGAUCCGAGCCUUGGAGCUUGACCCAAACCUCUACCGGAUUGGGCAGAGUAAGAUCUUCUUCCGCACUGGAGUUUUGGCACACCUGGAGGAAGAGAGAGACCUGAAAAUAACAGAUAUCAUAAUCUACUUUCAGUCGGUCUGUCGAGGAUACCUGGCUCGCAAAGCCUUUGCUAAAAAACAGCAGCAGCUAAGCGCUUUGAAAGUCCUCCAGAGAAACUGCGCCGCCUACCUGAAACUACGCCACUGGCAGUGGUGGAGACUCUUCACCAAGGUGAAACCCCUCCUCCAGGUGACCCGCCAGGAGGAAGAAAUGCAGGCCAAGGAUGAGGAGCUCAUUAAAGUGAAGGAGAAGCAGGUGAAAGUAGAGAACGAACUGGUGGAAAUGGAGCGGAAACACCAGCAGCUCUUGGAGGAGAAGAACAUCUUGGCGGAGCAACUGCAGGCCGAGACAGAAUUGUUUGCUGAAGCUGAAGAGAUGAGGGCUCGCCUGGUGGCUAAAAAACAAGAGCUGGAGGAGAUUCUUCAUGACCUGGAGUCCCGUGUGGAGGAGGAAGAGGAGAGGAACCAAUCUUUGCAGAAUGAGAAGAAGAAAAUGCAGUCACACAUACAGGACCUAGAGGAACAACUAGAUGAAGAAGAGGCUGCCCGACAGAAGCUUCAGUUGGAGAAGGUGACUGCUGAAGCCAAGAUAAAAAAGAUGGAGGAAGACAUUCUGCUGUUGGAGGACCAGAACUCCAAAUUCCUAAAGGAGAAAAAACUACUGGAUGACCGUGUGAGUGAGAUGACCUCCCAGUUGGCUGAGGAAGAAGAGAAAGCCAAGAACCUUGGCAAAGUCAAAAACAAGCAAGAAAUGAUGAUGGUAGACCUAGAAGAGCGUCUGAAGAAAGAGGAGAAAACUAGGCAGGAGCUUGAGAAAGCCAAAAGAAAGCUGGAUGCUGAGACCACAGACCUACAGGACCAGACAGCUGAGCUGCAGGCCCAGAUUGAGGAACUCAAGAUCCAACUGGCCAAGAAAGAAGAGGAGCUACAGGCUGUACUGGCCAGAGGUGAUGAGGAGGUCGCUCAGAAGAACAAUGCACUGAAGCAAGUGCGGGAGCUGCAGGCCCAGCUAGCUGAGCUCCAGGAGGAUCUGGAGUCUGAGAAAGCAGCCAGAAACAAAGCUGAGAAACUCAAGAGAGAUCUGAGUGAGGAACUGGAGGCUCUGAAGACUGAGCUGGAAGACACACUGGACACCACUGCCGCCCAGCAGGAGCUGAGGACCAAACGAGAGCAGGAGGUGGCAGAACUGAAGAAGGCCAUCGAUGACGAGAUGAAAAACCAUGAGUCUCAGGUCCAGGAGAUGAGACAGAGGCACGGCACAGCUCUGGAGGAUAUCUCUGAGCAGCUGGAACAGGCCAAAAGAGUUAAGUCAAAUCUGGAGAAAAACAAACAGACUCUGGAGAGUGAUAAUAAGGAGAUGGCCAAUGAGGUGAAGAGUUUGCAGCAAGCCAAGUCUGAAUCUGAGCACAAGAGAAAGAAACUUGAGGCUCAGCUGCAGGAGUUCAUGGCCCGCUUCAGCGAGGGAGAGAAGGUUAAAGGAGAACUUUCAGACCGCUCCUACAAACUACAAGCAGAACUGGACAAUGUUUCUUCUCUGUUGGAAGAUGCUGAGAAGAAGGGAAUUAAGCUGGCCAAAGAUGCCUCCAGCCUAGAGAGUCAGCUUCAGGACACUCAGGAGCUGCUUCAAGAGGAGACUCGUCAGAAGCUGAACCUGAGCAGCCGUGUCCGUCAACUGGAUGAGGAGAAGAACAGCCUUCUGGAGCAGCAGGAGGAGGAAGAGGAGGCACGGAGGAACCUGGAGAAACAACUGGCAACACUACAAGCCCAGCUGGUGGAGACUAAGAAGAAGCUGGAGGAUGAUGUGGGAGCCCUUGAAGGCCUGGAGGAGGUCAAGAGGAAGCUGCAGAAGGACAUGGAGGGGACCAGUCAGAAGCUGGAGGAAAAAGCCAUCGCUUACGACAAGCUGGAGAAAACCAAGAACAGACUGCAGCAGGAGCUUGAUGACCUUAUGGUAGACCUGGACCACCAGAGACAGAUCGUCUCAAACCUGGAGAAGAAACAGAAGAAGUUUGACCAGAUGCUGGCGGAGGAGAAGACCAUCUCUGCACGUUACGCUGAGGAGAGGGACCGUGCUGAGGCCGAGGCGAGAGAGAAAGACACCAAAGCUCUGUCUAUGGCCCGAGCCCUGGAUGAAGCUCUGGAGGCUAAAGAGGAGUUUGAGAGACUCAACAAGCAGCUCAGAGCUGAGAUGGAGGAUCUGAUGAGUUCCAAGGAUGACGUAGGCAAGAAUGUGCAUGAGCUGGAGAAAUCCAAGCGCACUCUGGAGCAGCAGGUGGAGGAGAUGCGCACUCAGCUGGAGGAGCUGGAGGACGAACUACAGGCCACAGAGGAUGCCAAGCUGCGUCUGGAGGUCAAUAUGCAGGCCAUGAAGGCCCAGUUUGACCGAGACCUGCAGGCCAGAGAUGAGCAGAAUGAGGAGAAGAAGAGGGCACUGGUCAAACAGGUGCGUGAGAUGGAGGUGGAGCUUGAAGAUGAAAGGAAGCAGAGAGCUCUUGCUGUAGCUGCCAAGAAGAAACUGGAGAUGGACCUUAAAGAUGUGGAAGCUCAGAUCGAGGCUGCAAACAAGGCCCGUGAUGAAGCCAUUAAACAGCUACGCAAACUCCAGGCCCAGAUGAAGGACUACCAGAGGGAGCUGGAGGAGGCGCGUGCUUCUCGUGAUGAGAUCUUCACUCAUUCUAAGGAGAACGAGAAGAAGCUCAAGAGUCUAGAGGCUGAGAUUCUGCAGUUGCAAGAGGACCUGGCAUCUUCAGAGAGAGCCCGACGCCACGCUGAACAGGAAAGAGACGAGCUGGCAGAUGAGAUUUCCAACAGUGCCUCUGGAAAGGCAGCCCUCUUGGAUGAGAAGAGGAGGCUGGAGGCUCGCAUCGCCCAGCUGGAGGAAGAGCUAGAGGAGGAACAGAGCAACAUGGAGCUCCUGAACGACCGCUUCCGCAAGACCACUAUGCAGGUGGAUACCCUGAACACAGAGCUGGCAGGAGAGCGCAGUGCUGCCCAGAAGAGCGAGAAUGCCCGUCAGCAGCUGGAGCGGCAAAACAAAGAGUUGAAGACCAAACUGCAGGAACUUGAGGGAUCCGUCAAAUCAAAGUUUAAGGCCUCUAUCGCCGCCCUGGAGGCCAAGAUUAUCCAGCUAGAGGAGCAGCUUGAACAGGAAGCAAAGGAGAGAGCUGCAGCCAAUAAGAUUGUGCGCCGCACAGAGAAGAAACUCAAGGAGGUGUUCAUGCAAGUGGAGGAUGAGCGGCGCCAUGCAGACCAGUACAAAGAGCAGAUGGAGAAGGCAAACUCCCGCAUGAAGCAGUUGAAGAGGCAGCUGGAGGAAGCUGAGGAAGAGGCGACUCGAGCUAACACCUCCCGCAGGAAGCUGCAGAGAGAGCUGGAUGAUGCCACCGAAGCUAGUGAGGGUCUGAGCCGAGAGGUCAACACUCUCAAAAACCGCCUCAGGCGAGGAGGUCCUGUUAGCUUCUCCUCAAGCCGUUCUGGCCGCAGGCAGCUGCAGAUGGAAGGGGAAUUUUCUGAUGAGGACGCAGACAGCAAGGCCAGCGACCUGAACGAGACCCCGCCGGCUCAAGCGGAGUAGAGCACAGCGCCCUCCUGUGGUCACCCAGCCCCACUGCUUCCUCCUCUCCAGCACCUCAUUCUUCUCCUUUAGCAAUGUGGGGUCCAGUGAGCAAUGCAAACACAACUACACUAACACUUCCACAUACACACACACACUCAGACAUAAGCUACCCUCAAACCUCCAUUUCUAUCCCCUCCCUACCAAGGGAGCAUCGACUCUGCCUUAUUCUAAAUACAAGAUGCUUCAAGACCGAGCGUACACACGCCAAUUAGUGUUUCAUGCAACUGUAGCCUACAAAAUACCAUGCUCACGACAGAACACUAUAGAAGUGCAUUUCAAAUGUCAAACUUUGCUUUGUGUACAUGAAUAUUCUCAUUCAUAAGAGCGUGCAAUGAAAGUGUUCACUCCAAUCUAGUUUAAUGAUGUAAAACCGUCAGCUAGCUAAGCAAACGUGACGGAUUGGAUCUUAGUUGUACAGUACAGUUCUCCAAAUAGACACGGUCUGCAGAUUUUGGAUCGAUCGAGAUGCAUGUGCUGCUCGUUCGCUACAAGAAAAAAAAAAAAAAGUCCUGUGGCACUGGACCGGAUCUGAAACGGACCAGAAAAGAAAAAGAAAAACUGUGAAAAAGCUGCUCGCUUCAGCAUCUCAUUAACAUUUAAACACAUGAAAUAGUUAAAACACAAGGAAUCCGGCGGGUGACGGCGUUUAUCUUCAUUUAACUCGAGGCUUGUUGGAUCUUAUUUGGGAGAUUUAGCUGACGGAGGCGGUUUGCGUUUUGGGAAUUUGGAUGUAAUUGCGAAUCGCCUUUUAACUGCACAUUGUGAGAAAGCCAUAAUGGCCUCUUCAACUGGAAAUAUUAAGUAUUCUUAAGUAUAUAUUAAGUAUGACUUUACAUAUGUAAUCUCUUUAGGGUUUUUUUCCCCCGUAUAUGUGACAGUAUGAUGGUACUUCUCAAAUCCAGCUGCUCUAUUAGAUUCACUACAAGUGAAACGGCCACCGAAGCAAGUUUAUUGGAACUUGAAGGAAGAUUUUUGAAAUGGUCCAGACGUCAAUGAGAGAUCGCUGAAAGCAACUGGAAAUAUUGAACACGUUAACAAGUGCCUUAGACACUAAUUAGAAAACAUCCAUGAAAGUAUGUCACAUAUCAGUAAUGAAGAAACUAAUAUGAAGGCAAAACUGGCUGAAAGCAAUUGAAAUAAAAUGCUAUGUAACCCUUUUUUUGUUGUUCUUUUGUAUUUUACUCCACUAUGAAUCAUAUCCAGUAUAUAGCUCUCGUAUCCCUUGUAUUCUUAUGAAGAUCUGAGGGAAAUCAGUGUUAAUGUUGGUUUAAUAUAAAGAAGCCUCUGGCAGCAAGGAGCGAGUGUGAUUUCAUUUGGUUUAAAGCUUUAUCAUCCAUGAUCGAGUUACUAUUAUUGCAGUUAUCAUUUAUUAUUGCUAUAUUAUCACUUCUGUUAUUGGACUGGCUGUUGACAACCAGGCGUUCAACUGCAAAUGUCUCUCCUCUUGUUUUUCUCUUGUAUACUGUAACGAUUUCUAGAAGACAGUGAGUUUUGUAAAGGAAAAAAAUAAAACAUUCAUUGUAGAAGAA